GCUAGCUGCUUGUCAUGUUGGUAAAAAUCGGCAUCUUUUUUUUGAUUAUUUCCAUUGGCAGAUGAUCAACUGCCCAGCAGAAAUUUACUACUAUGAAAUAGACUGCAAAACUGAAUUCCUUUUUGCUUUCAGUUUCACUUCCUACAAGAUUGAUAUUGUGCUGUGUUGCUUGACAAUCAUAUAAUCGGCAUCUUAUCUCCUUUACUUCCAAUGGGAGAUGAUCAACUGCCGUAGCAUGAUUCUGUGUGUGCGUGUGUGCUCUUAUCGUCAAAUGGCCAAUAAACCAGACUCCUUUUUGCUUAGAAUUUUGAUUGAUAUAUGCUGGUACUGUAGAUCACGUCUCUUGUCAAGAUUGUUUAGUCAUCAAUUCUCAAUGCUGCUUAUGUGUUCCCAGCAGUCCGCACCCGCCCGUGCCUUGGAGGAAGGAUACCGUGGGUCGCAAACCCAGCCAAAGAAAGAGGAGCUGUACACGGCUUCCCAGCUAGGCAGGCGUCCGAGGACUACAGCCAAGAAGUGGACUGCGGCAGCGCUUGUUGGUGUUGCUGGUGCAAUCGCCGUCGGUACCGUUGCCGCUGGUGAUGGUGGUGAGGAUUGGCCUCAUUGCCACCGCUGUGGUGGAGUUCUUCCUAGGAAGUGCGUCCUGUGCGGGCAGAAUCUCCCUCGUCCAAUUGCUGAAGCAAUGCAAGCUGCCUCAAAGUGUGGCCAAGCAAGUGGGGCAGCGCAGAAUCAAAAGGAAACAACAGAUGUGUAGUGAAGACGAAAUGCAUCUAGUUUGAUGGAGAAGCCAGACGGUUAUCAGUUCUAUUCCAGCACUAUAUUAUGUAUUUCUCUUCAAAUAUAUGUCUAUGAUAUGCCACCUAUGCCUUGAGUAGUAGUAUUACUGGAUGAUCCGUGAUCGCACUGUAAGAUAUCUGCGAUUUGGCAGACAUGAUAUGUUAUCCUUUCAGUUCAGAACUUGAGUAGUACUAUUAUUACUGGA